AUGGAUGAUGUUGAUGAUAAGGUUAGACUGUUUUCUGAGACGUUGGUGAAUCUUUUUGAUAAACAUUUUCCACCUAGAAUUGUCAGAAUUUCUAAAAGGCAUGCGCCGUGGAUGACCGAUGAGAAUAUGUCGAUGAAUGCGUCCAGUAAAGAACAGUGGCGGGAGCUGAAGUCCUUGGGGAUUUUGAAUGAGUCGCGAUCAGAUGUCGAUUCUACGUUUAAAGAUCCUGAUGAAAUCAACGAUUAUUUUCUAGAUAUUCCGACUAAUAAUUCAGACCAAUCGAUUAUUGACUAUUACGGGGAUAAUCCAAUAAGUUCUGAACUUUUCAGUUUCCGCCUAGUAGAUGAAAAUGACAUAAUCAAAGUUCUCAAAAAAGUUAAGAAUAGUGCGCCAGGUUCUGAUAAUAUCUCGAUAUCGUUUGUUAAAAUUUGCUGUCCUCAUAUUCUUCCAUUUCUUGUGAACAUUUAUAACAGCAUUAUCCUCAGUUCUAAGUUCCCCUCUUCUUGGAAAUGUGCCCGUGUCACACCUAUCCCGAAAAAAGGUAUUCCAAAGGAGCUUUCUGAUCUAAGACCGAUCAGUAUACUACCUGGAUUAUCUAAAAUUUUAGAGAAGAUAAUGGCAGUCCAACUUUCCGAAUAUCUCGAGCUGAAUGGGAUUCUGCCUGCGACUCAGUCUGGUUUUCGUCCGGGUUAUAGUGCAACCAGUGCACUUCUCGAUGUGACUGAUGACAUUUUUCAGUCCAUUGAUGAAUCCAGAUGUUCUGUUUUAUUUUUGCUGGACUUCAGUAGAGCCUUCGAUACUGUGCGGCAUGAUAUCCUUUUGGCUAUCUUGAAGUCUUGUGGAGUGUCAGGUGAGGCUCUUAACCUUCUGAGCUCCUAUCUUGCUGGACGUUCGCAGUUUGUGAAGUUGGGUGACAGGACCUCAUGCGCUAAAUCUGUUCAGAGCGGAGUUCCCCAGGGCUCGGUUCUUGGGCCUCUUCUCUUCAUAGUGUACACCAGCCAAUUCACCAAGAGUAUCCUUCAUGGAAAAGUUCAUAUGUAUGCUGACGAUUUUCAGAUUCUUUUUGAUUUCCUCAUGAAUAAUUUUGAUACCGCAGCUGUUAGAAUGAAUGAAGAUUUAGAUCGGUUGGCACUUAUAGCGGAAAAACAUUCUUUGAUAUUGAAUGCAAGGAAAUCAUUCUCUAUAAUUUUUGGGUCUAAAAAUAAUAAAAACUUUGUUGAGAAUAAUUUCAGGCCUGUGAUCCGCGGUGAUACCAUUAAUUUCCAGGAGAACGUGAGCUGUGUUAAGAUGGCAAGUGACGAGGAACUAUCAGACUCCCAAUUAGAGUCACAAGACACCGACGAAUGCAAGUUCAUUGCAGAAAGGGUAAAACAAUACUCGGAAAUAUUGGAAAAAUCUCAACUCCCAGCAAAAAAAGCGAAGAAGCAAGCAGCUAUUGAGAGAGUUGUGUCAGAGUACAGACAACUGUAUGGCAAAGAUAUGACCUCGAAAGCAUUAAUGAAAAAAAUGGGAAAUAUGAAAACAAGAUUAAAGAAGAAAACCGACAAGAACAAAACAGGUGGUCUUGACGUAGGAGCACCAAUGCAGUUUGUCCGCGAUGUUACAGCCCAGAUUCCACCAAAACCAGCAAUAAAAAUUGUAAAACGGAAAGCAGAACCAUCUGAAGAUGGGACCAUGGCCCACGAAACCGAGGAAACUAGGAAACUAAGUAAUAGUCAACUUCAGCGAUUAGUGCUGCUAGAACAGCUCAAGGUGGCCCGUCUACAGCAAGAAUACAUCAGUGCCAAAUUAAACAAUCAAGCUCUUUCCGCUUCAUCAGUUUUCCAUGAGAACGGGAAAACAUUUACAAUGUUAAAGUAA